AUGGCCUUCUUCGACCCUCGAUACAAGCUCCGAGUGCACAUCCUGCAGAUUAUCCUUGUCCAUGUUAUCAUUGGUGUCGCGGCACCGCGGCUCUUCAUGAAAAACCAGCCAAGAACUCGGGCGACUACCAUCUCGUUGGCCAUGGGAGGCAAAUCCAUGAUCAUCGUCUGGUACCAGAUCCUGACGGAGCACGUCGCCCGUUUUCGCAGGUGGAGAAGUCUCAAGGCCUACGCGAUUCUCAACGGCCUGGAAGUCGUUUUUUGGGCCGCAGUUGUGUUCCUGGUCAUCCAGGCGAAUAUCCAACGCUGCGUCGGGACUGGAUGUACCCUCAGCUGGAUCGCCCUCGGAUUUGCAGUCCUCACAACGUUUGUCGUGACACCCCCAAGUCAUGAAUAG